CAACGCAACUUGGGUUGAAGGGAAAAUUGUUGACAUGGAGGAAAAUGGUUCAGAUAGCAUAACCCAGCCACAAGCCUUGAGAAAUAUAUUAUACUGUUUAUUGGGUUGUACCCCAACUCUUUUCCGACUUAUUAAUAACAAAGAGGUUCUUAUAUUUCUUUUCUGGCUCCCUGGUAUUCUAGUAGAGGUAGUUCUUGCUUUGUAUCUUGCGGUGCGUUUCCUAAGAGCUUCGAAUAUAUGGCUUCUGUUUGACUCCUUUGCUGUGACUACCAUACUUUCCAUCGCAGCGCUGGCACUGAACACUCUCUUCGUAGUAGCGCUAGUAAAAAUUUCAGGAGAUCAGGGAUUUCUAUUCUCCGACACUCCUUUCAGCUGGUUAACUGCAAUUCUUUACUUGCUUAUGUUGUUUCAAGUGGCCUUUACAGAAGAAACUGUGAAAUAUAUUGCAGUAAUGCGAGGAAAUUUAAGCAGUCUGAAAAACUUCGUAGCACAAGCAGUAGCUGUGGGUGCGGGUUUUGCAAUAGCAGAGCAGAGUAACCAGAUGCUAGACUUGUAUUAUUUUUCCAAACGAGCUUGGACUUUCUCUAGCAUAUUGAUUCAAUUUUUGGUUUUUCUUUGCAAAUCUGCCCUUCAUUGCAGUACUGCUGUUUUCAUUGCGUUUCGAAUGGUAUCCGUUCCGACAAAUUUUUCUUUUCUUCACCGAUUUGUGUAUAUUAUCUGGAUACCUUUGUGUUAUCAUUUCUUCUGCAAUAUUCUUAUUCAAUCGGAGGAUUUUAUUCUGGAAGAACGUUAUUCGUUGGUGGUUCACGCUUGCACUCUACCUCUUCUUGUGCUAGUUGCUGUCUAUUUCAUUUUCAAAACGAACCACUCUCAACUACUGGAACAGUCUUAUAGCAGUCUGGCCGAAGGUUUCGUUAUACGUUAAAAUGCAUAACAUUGCAAUACUAUCGGUAAAACUGAGUCUCUUUUCAACUCUCUUCUUGAAAAAAAGAAAAAGAUUCCGUAAGGAACGAGAUUCUUUGUCUUGUAAAAAUGCCAAUCCCAGCAACAAAGAGAUUGGUAAGAGUUGUCAUUGAGUGACUUUGUCAAAGAAUGGGUCUGCAGUGUUAUGCAGACUCCGGCAAGUAUCGCUUCUGCAACGGGACCACCGGAAAGAAAAUCACUUGACCUUUGCAAGAUGUUCUCAACGAAAUAAAACUGGGUUCCUAAUGCAAACUUGUCUGUUUCAGGCAAGUCUUUUAGUUCCACUACAGAGGAGUGCCUGAUUGUAGGGGAUUUCUGAGCAAAAUCGUCACAAGAAGCAAGGUAUAAACCCUUUCCUUUGCUAAAGCCUAACGACACACUAUUUGGUCGCGUUUCUACUGACCAUUGGAGUAGUCGUCUUCUUCGUGGAUUACCUUCUGUGGAGUAGUCGAAUUGUGUCAAUUCCUUAUGCUAUGUCAAGUAAUAAAGAGGGAUUGUCCUUU